AUUAGUUAGUAUUAAUUUAAUUGUUUAAUUAGUUAAUUUAUAACAUAUAGUAUUUGCGGUAGCUGCGCCACGUGUCCUACCGAAAGAUUUUGGUGAUGGCUUUGAAGAAGUGUGCGUGAUAUGCCUAUAGUUCAGUUGAGAGAGAGAAAGCAUGAAAGUUUGUAGUUGGUUUUGGUUUUGGAGUUGGGUUUAGAAUCUUCAAUCUUGUUUGGGAGAGAGAUGUACAUAGCUUCCAUGGGAAGGUCUUUCAAGGACUCCUUGAAACUGCUUGAAGCUGAUAUUCACCAUGCCAAUACCCUGGCGUCAGAUUUUCCAAGGGAAUAUGAUGGUGCGUGCCUUCAGAUGAGAAUGUCAUAUAGUCCAGCAGCACACCUGUUUCUCUUUUUGGUGCAAUGGACAGACUGCAAUCUUGCCGGAGCCCUUGGACUGUUAAGAAUCCUAAUAUACAAGGUGUAUGCGGAUGGGACAACUACCAUGUCUACCCAUGAAAGAAAAGCAAGUAUCAGGGAAUUCUAUGCGGUCAUAUAUCCCUCUUUAUUGCAACUGCAAAAAGGUGUAACAGAUACAGAGGAUACAAAACAGAAGGCUGUAUGCAUGGAGAGGUAUCGCAAGAGAGAUGAUGAGGAGCACAGACAACCUUCAGACAUAGACAUUGAAAGAGAAGAAGAAUGUGGAAUAUGCAUGGAGAUGAAUAGUAAGAUUGUGUUGCCCGACUGCAACCAUGUCAUGUGCCUGAAAUGUUAUCACGAAUGGAGGACAAGAUCACAAUCAUGCCCUUUUUGCCGUGACAAUCUUAAGAGAGUAAACUCGGGUGAUCUCUGGGUGUUCACUGACAAUAGGGAUGUAGUAGACAUGGCAACAGUGACAAGGGAGAAUCUUAGAAGGCUUUUCAUGUACAUAGAUAAGUUGCCUUUGGUCAUUCCAGACUUUCUCUUUGACACAUAUGACUCUCACCUAAGAUGAGUGGUUGCAACAGACAGAUUUUACUGUCUGGUGUGUGGUCUUGGAGGGGUGGUUCCUUUCUAUUUAGUAACGUAAACUCCGAAUGCAAUUUGGUAAAUUUAGUUUAUAUAGAGUUGUAUUGUUGCUUCCCACGUCUUCCAGAAGUAUCCAGCCCUGUGUUUACUGUGGGUUGGUGGUGAAGUUGAGAUGGUAAAUUGUAUGUAGGUCAUUUGUAUAUCCUGUACAGAUUGAAUUACUUAUUAAGAAGAGUUUUGCAUAUUCUGUGCCUCUAUUGUUAAAAAA